AUGUCAUGUUUGGAAGGAUAUGAGCACAGAUUCUGCUUGAGGCACCUUUAUGCCAACUUCAAGAAGAAGUUUGGAGGUGGGGUUGUGAUUAGAGAUCUCAUGAUGGGAGCAGCCAAGGCAACAUAUAGACAAUUAUGGGAAAAGAAGAUGAAUGAGCUGAGGGCACAAAAUCAAGCAGCAUGGGAGUACCUUAUUGCCAUACCUACAAGGUCCUGGUGUAAGCAUGACUUCACCUUCUACCCUAAGUGUGAUGUGCUCCUAAACAAUCUGAGUGAGUCCUUCAAUGCAACCAUCCUUCUGGCAAGGGACAAGCCAAUCUUGACUAUGAUGGAUUGUAUUCGAACUUACCUAAUGGGUAGAUUUGCAACUCCGAGGGAAAAGUUUCAGAAAUAUAGAGGAGAGGUGAUGCCCAAACCCAUGAAGAGGUUAUCAGUGGAGAUAAAGAAAAGUUCAUACUGGUUUCCUACAUGCAGUUCAGAGGAUAAGUUUGAGGUUAAGUUCAUGGGUACUAAUGGUGAUAGCUUCAUUGUAGACUUGAGGGCACAGUCUUGCACUUGUAAUCUGUGGGAGUUGGUAGGAAUUCCAUGCAGGCAUGUUGUUGCAUGCAUAUCAUACAAUGGUCUAAACCCACAGUCCUUUGUGCAUGAUUACUACAAAAGAGCAGCUUAUGAAGCAACCUAUGGUCAUGAGAUCAGUCCUAUUAAUGGCCAGACAAUGUGGGAACCUACCAAUGACCCUGACAUACUACCACCACUGUUUAAAAGGAGGCCUGGAAGACCUAAGAAACUGAGAAGAAGGGACCCUUAUGAAGAUACAGAGCAGACACAUCUAAACAGAGGAGUUGCAAGGCACAGGUGCAGUAGAUGUGGGCAGCAUGGACAUAAUACAAGGAGAUGCACACUUCCCCCACCUGUAAAUGAAGAAGGAGAAAAUUCUCAAGCACAAAAUGAAAGUCAGGUCAUUAAUGAAACUCAAACACAAACUGAAACCCAAGCACAAAAUCAAGUUCCCACAGAUGGAGGAACCUCUCAAGCUGGGCCAUCUCAGGUUGCUAGACCACCUCAAGUUCGUAGGUGCAGCAGAUGUAAGCAAGUUGGACACAAUUCAAGGAGAUGCAGUCUUCCUGUCAUAACUCAAACUGCUACUUCUCAAGCUGUUCAUGUAAGUUUAUUGUAUACUUGACAGAUCUAAGGUCAUAUACA